CAAACUUUAUAUAUCUUUUGUUGUUGUUUUUUUUUUUUUUAGAGGAAUGCAAGAGACAGACCUAUCUUCAUAUCUGGUCCUUGAUUCCAGUGUAGACUCCUGGACAUAGUAAUCCUAUCCUACAGUAGAUGUAACUCUUUGCUACCAAUCGAUUACAUUAAACAUUAUUUUAACUUCUAGUGAGAAUAAAUAAUCAGCAUAAAAAGUAAUCUACCUUCUGAAUUCGACAGUAGUAGUGUCACCAGGCUCUGUAAGGUGAGUGGAUUACAGGAGGAACUUGCGAUAAAACUUUGCGAUAAAAAUACAUUUACGUGUUGGUUUUCAGAUUAAUCAUGCUUGUCAUCGCAUUAACAUUAACAGCUCUGAUAGAACCCCAUAUCUAAUAAAGUGUGAGGAACCUUUACACAUCUCCAACCAUUUUAAAAAUCAUUACUUUAGAUAAGAUAAGAUCAAAUAAGAUAAAACUAUAUUGAUCCCCCAAGGGGGAAAUGAACUUGUUACAGCAGCAGGACCAAAUCAAACUCAAAGUGCAUACCCAGUAACUAAAAAAAGUAAAUUUUAUUUUAAUAAAAAGACAAAGGGCAAAUUGUGCAAGCAGAGGGAAACAUACCAAUAACUAACAUAAUUUAAAACAGACAACAGCAAUCUGAAUAAUAAUAUACAUAAGAACCAAGUGGAAAAUAUAAAAUUAAAUGUAUUAUUGUAGGCUAUUAUUGUACAGUCUCACUGCUGAUGGGAGAAAGGACCACAAGGAAGGAACCACAAUUGGCUGAAGUAACUAUUUGUUGCACCUUUAUUUGGAAAACGUCAUGUUGGAUAUUCCCCCAUUCUCAUUUUACCGUGUGUUUGGAUUGUACUGUGCUGUACUGGGCACUGUAAUCCUGAUUAUUAGAAGGGAUUAUUUAGCAAGUUUAACGAUUUAUGCAAAUGUUUCACCUUUCUCACAUAUAUUCCUACUUAUCUCUCUUUCCUCUGUUUUAACUUGUUUCUAUUCAGAAGAAAGAGUGAUGAAAGGACCAGAGCUAAAGGAUUCCACAGGCCGCUUUCGAUUUGCUCAGUCAUGUCUGGGCCUGGCGGGCUGCUUGUGUAUCAGCUAUGCUGUUUGGACGCCUCAUUGGCUGGAUGAGAGGGGCCUGUGGGUGAACGGGAACGAGUCGAGUCCAGACGACAGCUGGACACAGGGACAGGGCAUUGAAGGUCUGGGGGCUCAGAGGGUGUUUUCUGCUCUAUCGUUCAUCAUGGCUGUGAGCUCGGGAGUUCUGUGCCUGGUCUUCGCUUUCUGCUGGACGUCCCGGACCGUGCGCUCUUAUUCCAACACACGCUCUCUACUGAUGGCAGGCCAGGCACUCUACCCCACCAUGCUGCUACUCAUCACACUGGUGCCUACUGAGUUCUUCUUUCUUCUCAGCUGGGCACUCUUCACCAAUCAGCACAUCGCUGAAAUCAGAGUCGACAUCACGCGCCUGGGGUUCUCCUAUUGGACGGGCAUGGUGGGCUGGGCUUUGCUGUUAGCUGUGCUGCCGGUGGUGUUCCUGGUGGAGCAGUUUGUGGUGCCGGACGUGCUGCCGGAGCUGAUGAGGCAGGCCGAGACGUGGUGGAAGGCCCCUGAGGUGGCUUACGCUCGCUCGUUUAGCGAGAGCUUCUACAACCACAGGGGGCCGAAACUUGACAAGGAGUUCAAUAGGUACCUGUCAGUGCCCUGAGAAGGAGUGUAGCGGCACAGGCCGUGUGUCAAAUCCUGCUAUUGACUCAAUACCUGCACCUACUGCUCCUAACAGCCGAACAUAAGGCCUGAGCUCUGGUGGAAGGCUUGCAGAAGCUCGGAAGGUCGCGGAUGUGGAUACUGCACUUUAGCCGAGAGCUGUUGAGGCCUGCCAGAGCCUGAUGAGCAAAGGAAUGGCCUUGAUUUGGGCCUAUGAACUGAUAUUAAAGCCUGCUGAAAAAAUACUAAAUGUUUCCCACUUUCAGAAAGCUGUGUAAACACUACCUGCAUAAUGACAAGACUACUGUUUACUGUUACUGAUGUACACUGGAUCACUUUCAGGCUGCAUUUAGAAUUUAAUGCAGUACUUAUUUAGAUUUUAUGCAGAACAAUAAGGAAUGGAGUGAACAAAAUUCAUGUCAGGCAGAGGACGAUCAUCAUGUAUUCAUGUUGUAACAGCUCCCUCGUGUGGUUAUGCCAUGUUACUACAUUGUUCAAGUUACUACUCGGUAUUACAAGUCAAGGUGCUUGUAGUCACAUAUCUCAUAUCUGAUCAGCCCAGGUUGAGCUUGUUUUUGUUUGGCAUGUUGUUGUCAUUACAAAUAAAUAAAAAGGUAAAUAAAUAAAUAACCAAUUAAAUCACAAA